AUGACCUGGAGAGUGGAGAUCGGAGCACCCGGGGUCCAGCCUAUAUCCCACUCCUCACCCACGGCCCACCCUUCUCAGUACCAGAGGCACCUGUUCGUACACAUCAGCCAGCACUGCCCCAGCCCUGGAGCGCCCCCCCUCGAGAGUGUGGACGUCCGGCAGAUCUAUGACAAAUUCCCUGAGAAAAAGGGUGGCCUUCGGGAGCUGUAUGAUCGCGGGCCCCCUCACGCCUUCUUCCUGGUCAAGUUCUGGGCGGACUUGAACUGGGGCCCAAGUGGCGAGGAGGUAGGGACUGGUGGCAGCAGCGGUGGCUUCUACGGAGUGAGCAGCCAGUACGAGAGCCUGGAGCACAUGACCCUCACCUGUUCCUCCAAGGUCUGCUCCUUUGGCAAGCAGGUGGUGGAGAAGGUGGAGACGGAGCGUGCCCAGCUGGAGGAUGGGAGGUUUGUGUACCGCCUGCUGCGCUCACCCAUGUGUGAGUACCUGGUGAAUUUCUUGCACAAACUGCGACAGCUGCCCGAGCGCUAUAUGAUGAACAGCGUCCUGGAGAACUUCACCAUCCUCCAGGUGGUGACAAACAGAGACACCCAGGAGCUGCUGCUCUGCACUGCCUACGUCUUUGAGGUCUCCACCAGUGAGCGGGGGGCCCAGCACCACAUUUAUCGCCUGGUCAGGGACUGAAAGGGGGCCCCAAAAGUGGCUCACCCCCCGGAAUACCCUCCUCCCAGGAAGUACCUCCAGCUUUCUUCAUGCUCAUUUGGGGAGGGGGCUGCUCCGUGUUAGAGGACCUUAAAAGCUGGGUGGUGAGUUGAAAAGCUGGGUCCUGAUACCGGGACCUCACAGUGGUAGCUGAAAGGACAGAUCACUCCAGAGCAUCAGGGACUGGGGACAGGAGUGAGACAGCCGCGAGGUACAGCACUGGUUUCUCAGUCUCUAACAGGCGCCCUCCCCCAACUUGGUUCUGGAUGUUUUGGGUGGCCUUAGAAAGUAUGGUUUGUCUCUCUGUUUUUCAACACCCCCCCUUCCCAAUCUGCCUCUCUUUACCACCCCCAACCCUGUGACCUUGAGAUCAAAUAUUGAAGGUUAACCCUUUGUGCAGGAGCAGAGCCAGGUGGGCCCUGGAAAUAUUUUUUUUAAUAUAACAAGAGAUAUUUAUAAGUGGGUAUUAGGGUCGUGACUUUUUCUCAGCUGGGCAAGCUGUGGGGUGAGGCUUUUAAAUUUCAUCCUCUCUUCUCAAUAAGACGUGGGCUAUAUACUGUGUUGCCUCCCCUCA